ACGAGAAUUCACCACCAUACACGACUGCAACAAGGGGUGUUCAGAUGAUUGGUACACCGGGAUAGAGGAGAGGUCAUUCAAUUUUAAGCAUUUUCAGCUGGUUGUCUAACCUUGUGAAGAUUUUAGUGGACCAGUGGCGUUUUUCUGUCCAGGUAUAAAAUCUACCCGGCCAGCAUGAAAUCCACCGCCAAAAUUAUUUCCAUAUUUGUUCUUUUCUUUGCAACUUUUCUGAUUGGGAUUUUUCCUCAUGGAUUGCUUCGUCUUCUGAAGAGCAAAUUUUUCAAAGAGAGGCUAUAUCAGCGUUACAUUAGCGUGUUGAACUGCUUCGCUGGUGGCGUCUUCUUUGCGACAGCUAUUUUACACUUAAUUCCAGAAUCGUCGGAACUUUUACAUGGAAUGUUCAAAAUCCAGUACCCAGUAUCAGGGGCCCUGUCAGGCGCAGGAUUUUUUCUUCUUUUGUUCAUCGAACACUUCAUUGGCGCUUGCCAAGGUUCUAGUCACCAUUUUACUAUGGAAAAUACUGAAAUUGUCGUCAACGAUGUUGAAUUAACAAAAGUAACAACAUCAGAUGAUAAACACAAGAGCCCAACAGAUGAAAGUAAGAUGGAUAGCGACAAACAUACACAAGCUGAAAAGAAAUUAGAUCAAAUGGUGGAACGUGAAAAAACUAUAGCGAAGGAAGAACACACUUUGUCUAAACUCAGGGCGUUUGUUUUACUUUUAGCUUUUUCCUUCCAUAUGGUUUUCGAAGGACUGGCUUUGGGGCUGGAGCAAACAGAGUCGGGAGUAUGGAGUCUACUGGGAAUUCUGGCCCUCCACAAGUGUGUGGUGGCGUUCAGUGUGGGUCUCCAGCUCAGUGAGAACCUGCAUACGUUUAAGUCUGUCAUUGCGUCCUUGGCGGCGUUCUCUGCUGUAGCCCCUGUUGGGGUUGUCCUUGGUUUUCUGGUGACAGAAUAUGGAGACAACGAGCAUGCACAAGUGAUUGCCGCCGGUGUGCUUCAGAGUUUGGCCACCGGCACGUUUUUCUACGUGACAUUUUUUGAGAUCUUGCAGAAGGAAUUAACGCAUGGACACAAUCUGUAUAAUGUUCUCUCUACUGUUGUGGGGUUUUCAGUCGUGGUGGGGGUGGAGUUUUUACAUGACAGUGAAUAGGGAUGAUAUAUCUUGAUAAAGAAUUUUUCUUCUUGUUCAUGGAACACUUGAUUGGGUCUCGUCAAUGUCCUGGUCACCAUUUUACGAUGAAAGUACUGAAAUUAUCGUCAAUGACGUUGACUUAACAAAAAUAACAACACUGAAAGAUGCUGAUGGAAGCCAGAUAUGUGAAAGAUGGAAAGCGACAAACAUGUACGAGCUCAAAAAAGGAAUUGGAUUAAAAAGUGAGACGUGGUAAAACUAUAGCAAAGGAAGAACAUACUCCUUCCAAAGUCAGGGCGUUUGUUUAUAACUUCUAGCUCAUUUUUCGAGGGUCUGGCUUUGGGGCUAUGUCAUGUUGUAUUAUUUGCUGCCACACAGCUGGAGCACACAGAGUCGGGAGUAUGGAGUGCGGGGGAUCCUGGCCCUCCGCAAGUGUGUGGUUGGUGGCGUUCAGUGUGGGUAUCCAGCUCAGUGAGAACCUGCACACGUUAAAGUCCGUCAUUACAUCCCUGGAGUGUCAAAGAGUUACAAGAAAGAUUAAUCUGAUUCUUUUGUUAACAAUACAUUUCGGUGAAACAUUUUCCACGAAAGCAUCCUUGAUAGAUUAAAAUCCAAAAUUUGAUAUAAUAAGACAUAUCUUACUUUUAACAGCUUUGAAAAUCUGCCAAAUGUCUAUACAUGUGUAGUACUCUCAAAGUUUUUUUUCUGAAAUUUAAUGAUGGAAUGUUCUAUUAAAGUAAGGUUUUUUUUGUGUAUGUAUGCCAUCUACAAUGAAGCGCACUGAAGUGGUAAAAUUUUUCGUUUUAAUGGAAUGUUCUAAACUUUGUAUUAGGGGGAUGUUUUCUCUAAUUCAACUUUGUAUUGAAUGUCAAUUGUUACAUAAGUCACGCCCAUUUCUCUUGAAACGAGGAAAAUAGCAUUCGUUACAAUGUAUAUGUACCUUCUUAGACGUACCGUUUCCAUACUUUAAGACGGUUUUAACCCGCACUUUGAAUAUCCUUGGGGGUUAAUACUCCCCACUGCACUUCACAAUGCACCAGUUUUUGCCAUUCUCUUUUGGUUACCGAAUUAACUAGAAUCUUUGAACAUUUUGGCAUGUAUAACUGGGUUUUGUUUGAUAUUUGAAAUGCAAAUAAAUCUAAGAACAUUUUCAUUUUGAAAGAAAAAAUGGGUAUUAAAAUCGACAUAAAACUGAUCCGGUGCGUGCACAAAUGGUGAGAUUUCUUGUUAUACCCCUGGACCCUGGCAAUGUUGACAAAAGCUGCAUCCCGAUAUUUAAUAAUAUAUAAUAACAUGUAUGUCUUUAUAUUGUUUAUGAAAUAAUCUUUAUAGUAUUAAACGGGGUACACUUCAAAACAUUGAAUUGCACAUUCCUCGUUUCAAAAGAAAUGGGCGUGUCUUAUGUAACAAUUGACGCUCGAUACAAAGUUUAGAACAUUCCAUUCAAACGCAAACGUUUACCACUUCAAUGCGCUUCAUCUAUUGAUUAAGGAAUUGCCCAAAUACCGGUAUAAGAUACUUCUGAUCGUUCAAAAAUUAUGUAAUGCUUGACAUCAAAUUGGUAAUAUCAAACACUUGCUUAUGAUAACACAUGCUAUCAUGUACAACUUUUAAAAAUGAUGUUAGAUUCCACGGAUAUGUCAGUAUUUUUGUAUAAAAAGCUAUCCGCUAAUCUACCAGUAUUCAAGUAUAAAGGAAAAAAAUCAUUU